AUGGCGUCUAAUACAUGUGGAAGGCCUGUGUUAGAGAGAAAAGCAAAGCCUCCAGAGCAAUUGAACUGUCCAAGAUGUAACUCAACCAACACCAAGUUUUGUUACUAUAACAACUACAGUCUCACACAACCAAGAUACUUUUGCAAGACUUGCAGAAGGUACUGGACUGAAGGAGGAUCUCUUAGAAAUGUUCCUGUUGGUGGAGGUUCAAGAAAGAACAAGAGACCUUCAUCAUCAUCAGUAGCAGCAUCUGCUGCACCGUCUAAGCUUCCUGAUCUCAACCCACCUAGCCUCUCACACUUCUCUUCUCAAAACCCUAACAACACCCAUGAAGGUCAAGACCUUAAUCUGGCAUUCCCAGCUAUGCAGGAUAGUCAAGGUACAUCUCAUUAUACUGAAGUGGCCAAAACUGAAAACAACAACAACAAUCAACAUGACUCUUCUUCUUCUCCCUAUACUUCAUCUCCUAUUUCAGCUCUGGAGCUACUAAGGAGUGGAAUUGCUUCUAGGGGUUUGAAUUCUUUCAUCCCAACACCGAUGCCAGAUUCAAAUACACUUUAUUCUUCUGGAGGAUUCCCUUUGCAAGAAUUGAAACCAACUCUGAGUUUUUCUGUUGAUGGGCUUGGAAGUAGAUACGGAGUUCAAGAAAAUAGUGGAAGGCUUUUGUUUCCUUUUGGUGAACUGAAACCGCUUUCAGGCACAACGUCUGAAGUUGAUCAAAACAAGGGACAAGGGACUUCAAGUGGAUACUGGAAUGGGAUGUUUGGUGGAGGAUCAUGGUAA